UGAAGAUACCCAGAGCGCAAGGUAAGCUCUCCAGAUGAUAAUGUCCUUAUGCUAGACUUUAGCCUACACCCAUUACUGAAAGAACGAAAUAGACAUCAUUCACGUACAUAUGGAUUCUGACGUAACUAUCCGUCUUGUUGCGUGCUCUUAGCAUCUUCGAGCUCAGAAGCACUGUUCAUUUUUUCGUAAUCUAAAAAAAUGACAUGCCAUAUUACGUUAGUCUGUAACGUUAACUUGAAUACAAAAAGCUUCUGCUUAUUUUUUUUUUGAGUGUAAUUCAGAUUUGACAACUUUGUGAAUUGCGCUCUGUCUUGUGAGAGUUGCGUGGGUUUGUGCAGCCCCUCCCACCUGUUACUUUUCAUUUUCGGACUCUAAUGAACAAAUGAACUUCUUGAUAGAUCAGCGCAUUUGGUAGACAAAAGCAAUGAUGAUUGUUAUAUACCUGUAGGAGAUGAUCAAAUACAUUAGCAUAUGUGUUUCAGACUGUACGAUGAAAUGGAAAGAAAACAUGCUACUAAAGUUUCUGGCCACCACAGCUGUUUUUUUUACUGAAAAACAACCGUUUACAGUAUUUUAGCAGUUGAAUCAGCUGGUGACAUUUUACAUUACAUACGAACUGAUCUCAUGAUAAAAUGUGCGACAACCAGGAAGCACAAGAAGAUGAACUGCUGGCUCUAGCAAGCAUAUAUGAUGAAGAUGAGUUACACAGGGCGGAAUCAGGACGGGAGGGUGAGAUCCAUCUGUGCCUUGAGCUUCCUCCUGACUUCAAACUGAUAGUGAAGGCUCCAACAUGUGUAGAGUAUGGUAUAUCAUUUCUACCCUACUUGGUUCUGAGUUUUGUUCUACCUACGGAAUACCCUUCAUCAUCAGCUCCAGUCUUUACUUUAAGCUCCAAAUGGCUCACAAGAGUCCAGAUCACUACACUUUGCAAGAGACUGGACGAUCUUUGGGAGGAGAACCUGGGAAAUGUGGUUCUUUUUACCUGGAUCCAGUUCCUAAAAGAAGAGACUCUGGAAUACCUUGACAUCCAUUCUCCACUUGAGAUCCAAAGAUUUUCUGGUCAGUCUGAGGGAGAAUCUGGCCAGACGCUGGAAGCAGAAAAAAGUAAACCGCAUGAAUUAUACCCAAGAGCCGUUCAAGAAGUCAAUCCUCAUACAGACAUGCUAAACCAGCUGCUGGAUUUUGAUGAAGCUCAGAAGCAGAAAGUGUUCAAUGGAAGGGUCUUCUGUUGUGGGAUCUGCUUCUCUGAAAAGCUUGGUUCCAACUGUUUGCUUUUUAAAGAGUGUCAGCAUGUCUAUUGCAAAGCCUGCAUGAAGGAAUACUUUGAGAUCCAGAUCAGAGAUGGUAAAGUGCAGUGCCUUGACUGUCCUGAGCCGGAGUGUACAUCUAUAGCCAAUCCCUCACAGGUAAAGUUUCUGGUGGGAAAGGAUGAGUUUGUCCGCUAUGACAGUCUUCUACUGCAGUCAAGUCUGGACCUGAUGGCAGAUGUUGUUUACUGUCCCCGCACGUGUUGUUGCACGCCUGUGAUGGUGGAGCCCGACGUCACUAUGGGAAUUUGCCCAUCUUGUCGAUACGCUUUCUGCACUCUCUGCAAGCGAACCUACCAUGGCCUUUCCAUCUGCAAAACAGCUGAGCUUGUCAGGUUGGUCGACGAGUGUGAGGAGGAAGAUCUUGAAAAGGAGUGUAUUGACGAAGCAUUAACUGAAAAUUGGUUGAAGGAAAACUGUAAACGAUGCCCAUCCUGCGGCGUGCAAAUACAGAAGGUGCUGGGCUGUAACAAAAUGACAUGUACCUCUUGUUGGAUGUUUUUCUGUUGGAUGUGCUCUAAAAUUCUUAAUAAAGCGAAUCCCUAUGGGCACUUCCAAGACCGAAACUCACCGUGUUAUUACGGAGUGCAUGAUGAAGUCCCAGUGGAACAGCAGUGAAGGCGACUGGUCCGCUAUAUAGAAAGUCCAGGGGUCUCAUUGAAAAAUUUAUAUAAAUUUAUACGCAAGGUUGACACCCAAUAUGCUUGUCAAGCCUCACAUCAUGCACCACCAUAUACAGAAGGUCAUACCAUUUCCGUCUCCAACCGCUAUCAGAUGCCAUAUAAAAUAACAUAAAAUGAAAUAAAACUGCCAAAAACCCCCGAUCCCAUCCUUUAUCUCCACAAAAAAAAUCACAAAUGUCUGCACAUGCGAUUCACAGCGCUUUGGAAAUGAGUAAUAGUUAUAAUCAGUAUAAAUAAUGAUUAUUCAUUAUUAGAAUUAUAUUUAAGCCAAAGAAGGUCUCUGCAUUAUUGAUAUGUUCACAGCAUAAGACUUAUCAUUAACAAAUUGCCAAAAUCACAUAAGUAGUUAAGGGAUAUCCUUCACCUGAGAUAACAUUUGAAGACAUAAAUGUAAAAGACGAAUAUUUUAUCAUUCAGAUUUUUUUUGGGUGUAAAAAGUUUUGUAAUGUUUUGUACACCAUUGUAGUUAGGACUAAUGAGAACAUAUAUAUAUUAGUUCAAAUUCAGAAUAGUUUAUCAAAUAUAACACAGAUUGAAAUGUAUUGAAAAUGUAUUAGUGUAUAAACAACUUUAUCUUACAGGCUAUGUCAACAAAUCAAAUCUUUGAAUUGUUUCUGGUGCAUUGCUCAAUUGUGGACUUGCAUGACUGAGGAUUGUAGCUCAAACUUAAAAGCUUGAUAAGUAUAAAGGUGAAAAUAAUUAAAAAAAGACUACAAAAUACCCAUAAUGGACCUCAAUGUGACAGUCCCUCCAUAGCAAUCUGUGUCCUAAUCAUUUUGCUUGUGUUCAUUCAAUCCUAUAAGAGGAAUGCGUUAGAGGUGGAAUGUCCGAUUUCUCAUAGCCUAAGUUGAUGUUCAAAUCGCCAAAACAGACACACCCCUACCCCCAUCUUUCGCUUUCGUCAGCGCUCGGCUCGACUCGACUAAUCUCCAUCCUGUGCACCUUACUGCUGAUUGGCUACAAGGUUUUUUGGUACUUGGCCCGACUGUCUUAACAAGCGUAAUUUGGAAAUUGGACACCCCGCCUUUAAGUGUAAAUAUAUGUACUAUAUGGGGCAAAUUCAUAUCCAGCCCAUGUCUUUGUUUAUUUAACUCCUCAUGUCUCAUUGUUCAUUGUCAUUUUGGAUGACUUGUUGAUAUCUUUGUUUUCUGAAGAAAAAAAGUCAUACAGGCUUGGAACGACAUAAAAGGUUGAGUAUUUUUGGGUGAACUAUCCCUUUGAUAUUAAGAUUCACAAUUUAGAGACAGGGUAAAACUGUUAAAUAAUGUUCCCAGUGUUGACCAAUUUGACACGUGACAUUCCUGUACCUCAGUGGUAAGAGCAUUGUGUUAACAACGCAAGGUUGUGGGUU